GUCUGGAGGAUUUUGGUUCACGAUUUCCAUUCCGUCAGAGGAAUAUGAAAGAAAUUUAAAUAAUAUCAAAUUAGAAAAAGAUUUUAAAGAUGUUGAAGACAAUUUAAUAUCAGAUGGAAUCGAAGAUAAAAAGGAGGAAGAUGAAGAAGAAGCCGAAGAAGAGAAGAAAGAUGAUGGAAAUAUUUCUUCAUCUGUAGAAGAUUUAAAGAAACAAAAACCAAGAAAAUCUACUGUUAUGUUUAUGGAUAACUCUUCUGAAUAUUCGGAAGAAAGAGAAUCAUUUCAUGAAGUAGAUUUAAAUGGUGAAACAUUGUUUAAGCGAUUAAGAGAUGCUCUGGAAAUUUUGGGAAUCGAUGAUGCUAUAUGGAUCGCGAGUGAGGAUAAAAAUUAUUAUCACGUUUAUUUUCCUUGCGAACCUGGGGUAAGAUGCGAUUAUGUUUUGGAUACUCUUGCAGAAAGAGAGAUUGGAAUGAAGGCAAAAUCUAGUUUAGGAAUCAUACCCUGUGCUGUAUUUUAUCGUGACGUGGAAACUGAAGUAAAAACACCGAUAUAUGAAGAAGAGGAAGAUAGCGAAGAUGCUGGAGGAACGAAAACAAAACCUGAUAUUAAAAAAUCAUUGAAAGAAGGUAUACGAAAUAUGCAAAGACAAUUUUUAAAAUCUGUAACUGCUCGUUUAACUGUAGCACAGGUAGUUGAAGGUGUUCGUGCAAAUGCCAUGCUAACUUUUGACUUUAUGAUGUUUACAGUCUUGGCAAGUAUGAUUGCAGCUUUGGGCUUGAUGGAAAAUAGUUCGGUUGUUUUGGUUGCUAGUAUGCUUAUUUCACCUUUAAUGGGACCAAUUUUGGCAGGAACUUUUGGAGCUGUUAUACAAGAUAAAUCUCUUAGAAAUCUUGGAAUAAAAACUGAAAUCGUCGGUCUUGUUUUAUGCCUUCUGUUUGGUUUUGUAUUUGGAUUAAUUUGUGCAAACUUCAGCAGUAAAUGGGGACAAGGUGAUUGGCCCACAACCGAAAUGGCGGCGAGAGGACAAGGAAGAUCUUUAUGGGUAGGAGCUCUCAUAGCUUUACCAUCGGGAGCAGGAGUGGCCCUCUCUGUAUUAGGUGGUAAUGCUGGAUCAUUGGUAGGUGUGGCAAUAUCUGCAUCGUUGUUACCACCAGCCGUAAAUGCUGGAUUACUUUGGGCCGUGUCUGCCGUGAAAGUUCAGAGGUCAAUGACAGAAUUUCCUAUUCUUUUUAAAAAGGAUAACAUUUCAAGAAUGAUAAAGCCAUCGUUGAUCCCCCCAGAAGGAUAUCACGUGGAAUAUUUUGAUACCAUGGAGAAAGAAUGCGCCGUUUUAGGCGUUGUUAGCCUACUACUUACUUUAGUAAAUAUAUUAUGCAUUUUCUUGAUGGCUGUCUUAGUUUUAAAGAUAAAAGAAGUCGCACCCAAAACAGCCGCUCCUCAAACGUCGAGAUUUUGGAAAGAGGAUCUAAAAAUAGCGCGUGAUUAUAAUAAAACUAUAUCAAAGUCAGAAGGGAGAGAAUUAGGAAAGGAGUUUUUGGACGAAUGGGCGAAUUUAAGUGGAUUCGAUACAACCGAUCUCAGACCAAGAAUAUCGCAAUAUAACGCUCUUAGAAAUAUUGUUAACGAUGUGGAACUUGAUCCCGUAUAUCAAACGGUUAUGAGAAGUAUGCCUUCUAGGCCAUUGUCUCAACGGUUGAGCACCAUUCCAGAAAGAGAUAAAAGAAGUACUUGGGACCCAGAAAUGGGAGCUGAUCCGACUUACGCUAUGACAGUGGCUGCCUCUAAUCUACGCCGUCAUACGUAUUUAUCAUUCGAAAAUGAAGAAAAACCAAAAUUUAAACCUACUAAAUUAGAAAAUGGACUGUCUAGUAAAACUGUAAUUGAUGUAGCUACCGAUCCAGAAUUAAGAGGAAUACAGUUAAGACGAACACAACCUUCAAGAAAUAAUCGCUUCAGUGAACUGUUAAGACAAUCUCUGUGGCCAUCCUCGAGUGCUCCCAGAUUUCGAGUUACUCCUGUGGAAGAAGGACAAUCUCAAGAUUCGAGGCAAAGGCCAGGUUCUACAGUAAAUAUACAGAGGGAAUCCAGUUCAAAGUUCAAGCACCCUUUCUCAUUGCAAAAUAGAGAAGUAGAGAGACCAUCUUGGGAUUCGUGUGUUAUUCAGUUAAACGAAAGUAAAAAGGAUGAUCUAAAAAAAGUUCCUUUGGAUGAGGAUGAUGAAGAUGCUCCUUUAGCACAGUUAUUAAAACAAUGCCUGGACAAACUAGAAAUUCAAGAUGCAGUAUGGAGUACCAACAAAGAAAACACUUAUCACCAGAUUUAUUUUCCUUGCGGCCCCGGGAUAAGAUCAGAUUAUGUGCUAAGAACAUUAAUGGAGAAAGGAAUUGGUGUACGUUCUGGAUCUACAAUUGGAGUUGUUCCUUGCGCUGUCUUUUAUCGAGACGAAGAUUUAGAUUCAGAUGAAGCAAUUUCUUCGGAUGAAGAACCAGAAACAGUUGUUCCUUGCGCUGUCUUUUAUCGAGACGAAGAUUUAGAUUCAGAUGAAGCAAUUUCUUCGGAUGAAGAACCAGAAACACCCGAUCCAGUUAAAACUGAUCGCAAGGCAAUGCACGGAUUUAAGGCUAUGCAAAAAGAGUUCUUAAAAUCAGUAACUGCCAGACUGACUGUUGCUCAGGAUUCGUGUGUUAUUCAGUUAAACGAAAGUAAAAAGGAUGAUCUAAAAAAAGUUCCUUUGGAUGAGGAUGAUGAAGAUGCUCCUUUAGCACAGGCACACAUCGGAUUAUUACGAUAUAGUCUAAUGUUACAUAACCACGGAUUAAAUACUAUAUGUCGAGAGUUAAAUGUUAAAUUACCAGGUAUGACGAGAAGUCUUUGGGUUGGUGUCUUAGUAGCCCUCCCUUCGGGUGCUGGAGUUGCAUUAUCUGUUUUAGGAGGAAAUUCGUCGUCUCUCGUCGGUGUUGCUAUUUCUGCUUCUUUACUUCCUCCUACUGUUAAUUGUGGAUUAUUAUGGGGUUUGAGUUUCAUUAAAACUAUGAAAUCGCUGAAGGAAGAAACUAUUACAUUCUUUGGAGACGGUUUUAAUAUUACAACUCAACCAUCUUUAGUCCCUCCAAUCAACUAUAUUCCUACAUAUUAUAAUGUAAUGAAUAAAGAAUGCGUUGUAUUAGGAAUCCUUAGUUUCAUGUUAACUGUAGUUAACAUCGCUUGCAUUCUUGUAGCAGCUUAUGUGGUUUUAAAGAUUAAAGAAGUCGCACCUCACACAAGCGUACCGAAAACAUCAAGAUUUUGGAAACACGAUAUUAAGGUGGCUAGAGAUUAUAAUAGAACAUUUGGAAAUAACGAAGGAGAAGAAAUGGGAAAACAAUUCCUUCAAGAAUGGGCUAGUCUUACGGGUGUAGAUCCGAAAGAAAUAUUAAGCGAUACACAAGAAGCUCGAUUAAAACAGCUACAAACAUUGAGAGAUAUUAUAGAGGAUGUGGAAGCAGAUGAUGUAUAUCAGUCAGUCAUAAGAUGCAUGCCUUCAACUUCAGCCGAACCAGGAACAAAUCCAUUGGAUCUUGCAAAUUUGCAACGUUCGGGAUCAUUUCCUAACGAAGCUCAAAUUCCAGCUGUUUGGGACGUAAACUUUGUACCAGAUCCAUCUUCAGACAAAAACAAACCGAGAAGAAAAAGCUUGAUGCAAACAAUAUUACCUUCUGGAGAUUCAAAAGCGGAACCACCAAAAAGAAGAAAAUGUAGCAAAGUUCCAAGCUUUAAAUCUGAUCCUAUGGAAGAACGAGGUGAAUCAGAGAAUGUGCCCGGUUUGCCAUCGGUAACAGAACGAAAUCGCAUGUUAAGACGUUCUCUACAAUAUUCGGAUAGCCCUUUCACUCUUUGGCCAUCUCAAAACCGUAGAAAAUCAAUGGCUCCACGUUUCGAAGUCAUACCAGUUGAAGAUAUAGCAAGAAUGAGGCGUCGUAGUAGAUGCCCGAGUAGAGACCAAACUACAAAAUUCUAAUUAUAUAUGUACAGUUCACAUACUUCACUACGGCGGCAUUUAUUUUGAGUUUACGCAUUACUGACUUAUAUUAAGAAAAAAAAGAAAAAAAAAACAUACCUUUUAAUCAAGGAAUAUUUACAACAAUCUUAUAAUCAUUAGUUGAAAAUAACCUUAUCUUCUCACAUUUAGUUAAAAUUGCUUAUAUUUUAAUAGUAAACAUUUGACCUAUUUCAUAAGUAAUGCUUUUUAAAAUAAUCAUUUAUAAAAUCAUAUUCAUUAAAAUCAUAAUUUUGGAUUCUGUAUCAUUAUCAUAAAAAGUUAUUUUAACCAUUAAAAUAUUCAUUCUUUUCAUAAUACGAUUAGUAACGUUAUAUAAUAAUUUAACAGCACUGUUGACUCUUGAUAUAAUGAACUAAUUUGAGGGAGCGAUGGUUCGUUAAUGCCAAUUGUUCAUUGUAUUCAAUGUUCUGAUCCAUUACAUAACGAAUUUUACACGAAAUAUAA